CAGACUCCUAAGGAUGUCCCCGGUACUCGACAGAGAUAUGACAGAGGUCAUGUCGACUCCCAAGGAGGCGCGUUCGAUGGUGAGGGAGCUAAUGGAUACAAACCUUCCCUCCGCUACGACAACGGUAUUUAUGCCAUUUAUCUCCCUGCCAUGAUCAGCACCUCAUCCGCUAGAGCUUAGGAAGAGAGAACAAGGGGAGAAGAAAAGGGUUGACACAACUAUCCCUCUAGCCAGCUAUAGCUCCAUUUCAAUAUUUAUCAUCCCUACCCUCCAAGGGCGUUCGACAUACAAUCGUUGAAGCGUUGAGAACGUGGAUCGACAUCCCGGAUGACUUUCUCCCCGAUCUGCUGUCCAUUGUGGGCGAUAUACACAACAUCUCAUUGAUGCUCGAUGAUGUCGAAGAUGGAUCGCCAUUACGACGGUCCAAGCCCGCCGCGCACUCCGUGUUUGGCGUCGGACAGACGGUCAACUCGGCUACGUUUCAGCUGGUGGAGGUGAUCGGUCGCGUCGCGCAGGUGGCUGGACCACUUGCCCAGACUAUCGUAUUGGAGGAACUGAAGAACAUGCUCGUCGCGCAGAGCCUGGAUCUGCAUUGGGUCCAACACGCGACACCACCGAGUUCGCAGGAGUAUCUACAGAUGAUUGACGGUAAAACGGGCGCCCUCUUCCGCCUCAUCGCCCGCCUAAUGAUCGCCCAACAAUCCCCCUCCAGCACCACCAACCCUCCCUCUCUCGACCGCCUGAUGAUCCUAUUCGGACGAUUCUUCCAGAUCCGCGAUGACUAUGCGAACCUUGCAAUGGACCAGUACCAAGACAGCAAAGGCUUCUGCGAGGACCUCGACGAAGGCAAAUGGAGCUUCAUCCUCCUGCACGCGCUGGCGCACGCCACGCCGCCCACGCGGAUGGUGCUGAUGAACGUGCUGAUGCAGCGCCACGCGACGGGCUGCGCCGGCCGCGGCCACAAGGAGCUCGUGCUCAACAUCUUCCGGCACGAGACGCGCUCGCUCGCCUUCACGACUGAGGCCCUCUGGGUGCUGGGCCAGCAGAUCGAGCUCGAGAUCCAGGCCCUCGAGCGCGCCACCCUCACCGCCAACCCCGUGCUCCGGGAGAUGGUGCGCAGCUUGCAGGUGGGGUUGACGCCUCCCGAUGGGUAUGGCUUUGAGGAGGUGGGUGGCGGCGGCGGCGGCGGCGCGGUUGGGCGCGGGGCGAGGAUAUCUGAGGGGGUGUUGGGGUUGUCGUGUUAGGGGGUGGAUGCGAAUAGGCUUUGGGUGGAAGCCGAAGCUGAAAUAUCUCUAGAAAUCUUGGUCGGGAUUCGGGGGCUUGUGGAUGAGGGCGGUGUUUAGGGCCUGCUUAUGUCUUUCAGUUUUGUAUCUGAGACAUGGGUAUGUACGGCUUUUGGGAAGAUGGUUUGAUGUUAUUUGGAGCAGCCUCGCAAUUGCGUGAGUUAACUUCCAUCCUCAGCUUACGAUGUAGCACGGUUAACUCUUAUUGCUUCGAGGCGUGUGUAAUUUGCUGUAGAUUAGAGUACUCUUCCCGUACAGAGGUGUUUAUGCCAGUGGAGAAACAAUAACGUCUAACA